CACUUCUUCCUCGCGCGUCUCCUGAGUUUCACCGGUCAAUCUCCUCUCUCCUGCCUUCCAGCCCUCCGAGCCAAGUAAGCUCUCUUAUCUUUUCCUCACCUUUCCUUUUGUUCUCCAUUCUUCCUUCUGGUAAAUGUCUUCCUCCGACAGUCAGGAUAUUUCCGCCUCGGAUGCCUACGCAUUCGAGGAAUCCCCAUCUUCUUCCUCCUCCACCGGGUCAUCUUCACCCGAUUUUGUACACCGGUCGGUUCCCAACACCAUCGCCCCUGAACCGCAACCGGUUAACCAAAUGCCCGGUCAGGUUUUUCAAGAGAGGGAUGAACCGGUUGACGAUGAGCCGGCCCCCUAUGACCCUGAUAACGAGUCAUAUGAGGGAUGGGUGAACCUGCUGGAAGCGGCCGGUUACCUUCCUCUCCCCACUAGCUACCUUCUUGACAUCUAUCCCCGGGUCUCUAAGAUUGCUCAAAAUAAAGCCCGUAGGAAUCUCCGGGAGGGGUAUGUCCUUGAGUACAACCCUAGUUGGCCCAACAUUAUCGAGCCUCACCAGGAUGAUAGGAUUCUUCCCGGGCAAAUUACGCCCAAUGCUCAUCGCUUCCUUAUCGCCUUUGCGAACAUCUGCGUUGAGCUUAAGAUCGAACCCUCCCUCCGUCUGUUUCUCUUUUUAUUUGAAGUCCUUCCCGGCAAAUCGGGUUGUGACGGUUACGUCUACUUCAAAGGCCGUAACGGUCAUCAAUUUAUCUCUGACCUUCCACAAAGCAACCGGCAGAGGAAGGAAAAAUUCGUUUUUAUAAAAUUCCCCACCAUUUCUCCUUUGGCCGGCAUAAAGUGGAACGAUCACCUCCUGAAACCGCAAUAUACUGAGCCGGCUAGCGCUCCAGACUUGGAAGAAAGUUUGGAGAAACUUUUACAAGGGGACCCGUUCACCGGGCAAAUGUUCCAUUACGGGGCUUGGAUUUGGAGGAUCUCACUGGGUGGCACGGGUACCCCCAGGGCUGAUGAAGCAGCGGGGCACGGGGUACCCGCCCCGGGCAACACUGCGGAAGCUGGGGGUUCCAGUCACCCAGAGAUGAACAUCAGAGCAUUCAACAUCCCCACGAAGAAGACCGGCGGCUCCUCCUCUGCUGCCCCAAGAACUGUACCGGUGCAACAAGAACCGGUGGAGAUCCAUUCUAACGAGGGGUCUCCUCUGACCGGAAAGACCGGUCAGACCGGGAGGACCACGGCAAACCCUCCCCUGGACAAGGGGAAGGGAACAGUUCGGACCAAGCAUGCCGCCACUACCCAUCCGUCAGCAGAGAGGAGAAGGGGAGAAAACGCCCCGGCUUUAGAGUCAUUAGAGGAGCUUUGGGUCAAGAUGGGGCGAAAGCUGAAAGAGAUGGGUGAGGUUGGGCCUGAAACCUUGGAGAGACUUGACGAGGACUCCCCUUCCUGGUCACUUCAGCUGGAGGAAAGACUGAAGAGGCUUGAAGCUCAAAACUGGGAGCUUCAAGACUUGACAACCCGGCAACUUGACGAGAUGGCCAACCUUUCGGCAGUUGCCGGUAGGGCGAACGCUGAGGUCCUCCAGCUGAAAGAGGAGAACAUGUUGCUGAUGGGGGAGGUCUCCCACCUAAAACAGGAGGCAUGGGUGAAGGAGCAAGAGUUGCCCGGUCGGGCCAGACAGUAGAUGGAGGAGAACCUGGCAGAGGCCGCCCGGGUGCUUACUUCCUCUAAGGAGAGGACGAUGGAAGGCUUCAAGCUUCUGUAUCGGGAGGACCAUGGGAAGGAGAUGAUCACCCAAAUCGGCUCCUAUGGUUUCAUG